AGGACGAGUGGGUGGAAUUGAAUGUGUUUAGGGUUAAUAUAGGCCGGGACAACAAUGGUACUCUGUGAAAAGAUAUGAUGAAAGUAGUACAAGUGAAUCCUUAUUGAAUAUAGCCGCAAUAUCAGGGAUAAAUACAAAUACUUAUAGGUAGUUAUACCGUAUGGCAGUUUGUGAAUUGAGAGAAACGCGUGCGCGAACCGCGAUCCCCUCUCGCUGAGAAAUUUCCUUCCAGUCCGCGCGGCGAAUUUGCUUGUUGUACAUGCCCGAAUUGUGUCUACGAUUUGUAUAUUUCGUUACCGUAAUCGUGUUUACCCCUGGUGUUUUAUAGCGUCAUUUAAUGGAUUACAUUAGUUAAUUUUUCGUGUGAAAGAUUGUGUCUUUAUUACUAUGAAAAUGAAAAUUACAAGCAUGUGGUUGAAUUUAUCAUAUCAUUUUGUUGGUUAUAUUUGUUUGUGUGAUAAGUGUCCUCUCUGCGUAUUUGUUUUAUUUUAAAAAUAUGUUUACAUUUAUUAUGAAAUCUAACAUAUGUUGUUUAUUAAGCAAAAAGUUAUGUUGUAAAUAUAAAAAGUGAGCGGGCAUCAUGAAAGUUAUAUUGUUGGCGUUUUCAUAUGGUCUUUUGGGAUUAUUAUCAGGACAAGACGGUCCAAGUAAAGAUGAUAUAUUUGAUUUCACAAAUUACACAGUCAAUGUGAAACUCAAACAGGAGCCACAUUUCUAUAAUACUUCUGUCAGAGACUACAAAGCAGCUGUGGGUCAACCUGCUUAUUUACAUUGCUUUGUGAAAAAUUUGGGUGAUCGUGAAGUAUCAUGGAUACGUAAGAGGGAUCUUCAUAUUUUAGCUGUGGGAGUACACGCUUACAGUAGAGACCCACGCUUCGCAGCGAUACACACAGAGGGCUCUGAUGACUGGGUCCUACGUGUCGCUAAUGUUCAGCUCAAAGACACGGGCGCCUACGAGUGUCAAGUAUCAACUGAGCCGAAAAUGGGAAUCACCUUUUGGCUCACAGUAGAAGUGUCUAAAGCAGAAAUCACUACGGGGACGGAAGUGCUUGUUCGGGCAGGUUCUGAUAUCAACCUCACGUGUCGAGUUGCAAACGUCGCUGAACCACCAAGCUUUAUCUAUUGGUAUCGUGACACGAACAUGAUCAACUACGCCUUGCGAGGCGGCGUCAGCGUGGAAACCGACCAACAUUUACGUACCAGUCGAUUGCUUGUCGCGCGAGCAACAACGAAAGACUCCGGCAAUUACACCUGCGUUCCUAGUAAUUCAGAUACGGCGUCAGUAAUGGUGCAUGUAGUAAACAGCGAGCGUCCUCAAGCAAUGCAAAGCGGCGUAUCAUCUACUCCAGCAUCGUGUGUACCAUCAAUACUUCUCAUAUCGGCUGUCAUCAAUAAAAAUAAAAAUCAAUUUCUAUCAAUUUUGAUACAACUUAUGAUAAUUGUAAAAUUUAUUUAUGUAACUUUAAAAAUAAAUUUAAAUUCAAUAAGACAUUGUAUAAGAGAUAAUUCAACAUUCAUCAAUAUUAUAAUGUAAAUAUAAUCCCCAAAAGAAACUUGUUUCGGAACUGAUUAU